UUUUUUGCAGCACUUGACGGGCGGCCAUCGUUUUCCAUCACUGCUCAUUCACAAAAACAACGUCUUGUAGUAAAAUUACCGAAGAUUUUUUUUUUCCAACUGAUAAAAGCCCAACAAACACACAGACACGGUCACCUCCUGCUUCGGAGCGAGAAUUCCAAUCACAUCGGACCCACGGCACCUGCUCAGCACCAGCAACCUAAUCGAUCCCACCCAAUCAUCCACCCGGAGCGGAUAUGGACACCCAUUCGCGUUUCGGAUCGAGAUUGCCAGGUCCUGCCAUUAAUCCUUUGGUCGAGAACUCGGACGAGCCGCAGCCCAGUCUCUCGGACUUGCACGACUUUGAGCCCAAACUAGAGUUCGACGAUACUGAACUUCUGGCGCCCUCACCCCUGGAAAAAGAUGUUAUGGUCGGUGACUUUGUCCUGGCCGAUGAUCCAGAACUAGAGCCCGAGGAGGAUGUGAAUCCGCUGGAGGACGACUUCGAGGACCAACUCAGGGAGCAGUCGGGAAACUUCCAGGCGGCCAAAACCAAAUGCGAUUUCCUCGGCACCGACAAGCAGGGCCGGCACAUAUUCGCCAUUUAUGCAUCUCGUUUCCCCGAAAAGUCCCAGCUAGAUGCUUUCGUUCGAGAGAUCAUUAAAGAGAUUGAACCAUUUGUGGAGAACGACUACAUCCUCGUAUAUUUCCACCAAGGACUGAAGGAGGACAACAAACCGUCGGCCCAGUUCCUGUGGAACUCGUACAAGGAGCUCGAUCGCAACUUUCGCAAGAACCUAAAGACUCUGUAUGUGGUGCAUCCGACGUGGUUCAUCCGGGUCAUCUGGAACUUCUUCAGUCCGUUCAUCAGCGACAAGUUCCGCAAGAAGCUGGUGUACAUCUCGUGUCUGGACGAGCUGCGCCAGGCACUCGGCCUCAAUAGUCUGAAGCUGCCGGACAAUAUCUGCGACUUGGACGACAAGCUGAACCCCAGCCGAAAGUCAUCGACGCCGCCACCCAGCAUAAAUGCAUCCCGGCAGCAGCAGCACAAAAUGGCGACGACGCAGCAAUUUGGAGUCCCCCUGAAGUUCAUUGUGAUGAACAGCCCGUGCCUGAACUCCAUUCCGCCGAUUGUGCGCAAGUGCGUGGACUCGCUCUCGAUUACGGGCGUGAUCGACACGGAGGGAAUAUUCCGGCGUUCCGGUAACCAUGCUGAGAUUAUGACGCUCAAGGAGCGAGUCAAUCGGGGGGAGGAUGUGGAUCUGAAGAGCGUAAAUGUUCAUGUGAUUGCCGGCCUGCUGAAGAGUUUCCUGCGCGAUCUCGCCGAGCCGCUGCUCACCUUUGAGCUUUACGACGAUGUUACUCGGUUCCUGGAGUGGCCCAAGGAGGAGCGCUCGAGGAACGUCACCCAGCUGAUACGCGAAAAACUGCCCGAGGAGAACUAUGAGCUGUUCAAGUACCUUGUCGAGUUUCUGGUGCGCGUGAUGGACUGCGAGGAUCUCAACAAGAUGACCUCCUCCAAUCUGGCCAUCGUGUUCGGUCCGAAUUUCCUGUGGUCGCGCAGCACCAGCACCUCCCUGGAGGAGAUAGCUCCGAUCAAUGCCUUUGUCGACUUUGUGCUCCAGAACCACAAGGACAUCUACUUGAUCGACGUCAAUCAGCGCACGGUGAGCCUCGACUAGCGACUGGCCAUCGUCGGCCCACCACCCACAACAAGAAGUCCGUAACAUAAUUGUAAAUUGUUUGAUUUUAAUGUUAGUCCUAAGCCUAAGUCCUAUAUACCAACUGGUGGAUUUAGUCCACGAAGAGCACACAAAACCAGAUACUAGCGCAAAAGCAAAUGCAGUUGCAGUUUCGUGUAUAAAAAGUAUUCUUUAAGUUGAAUUUUAAAAUGUGUGUGCGUGUCAGUGUGAGAACUGCUUGUGGCGCCCAACUCCACGCUCUCCAUAUAACCAUACCAUGAUUAUUAAACUACCAAAGAAAUUUGCUCGUCCCCCACCCCCACAG